GGAUUGCAGUUGUGUGGGACACAGGUGCCACCACCAUGGACACGGCAUUGAGACCGCACCGAGACCCCCCCGGCCUCAUGAGGCUGCCGAGGCCCAAGCCGCCAUGCGCUCAGGGGGCGCCCGAACCCAGCAUCACUCUCAGUUUCCCGACUCUACCGAGUUUGCUGCUGGACAAGCUGCGCGACUUCCGCAGGGAAGGGAGGUUUUGCGACGUCACAGUGUGCGUGCGCAGCGCCGAGAGAGGCCUCGACCGUGACCGGGGAGUGGUGCGCGGGACGACCUCUGGCCCGACAGCAAUGAUGUUCCGUGCCCACCGCGUCGUGUUGGCCGCGGCGAGCCCCUAUUUUUUGUCGCACGCCGGCCUGCAGACGACGGGCAGCGAGCCUUCACCAAACCCACUCACCCUCACCCUGACCCCGUGCCCGGCCAUUCCACCGAGAGUUUUCCAUGACAUCCUCCUCUCCUGCUACACGGGCCAGCUGGUGUUCCCCGAGAGCCAAGUGCUGUCGUACCUGACGGCCGCGAGCUACCUCCACAUGGAGCACGUGGUGACGCGCUGCACGCACAUCCUGCACAGCGAGCCGAGAGGGGGCGGAGCAAACAGAGCUGUGGGCGGAGCUAAUGGCACAGCAGGGGGCAGGGCCAACGGCAUAGUGGGCGGAGCCGGUGACACGCCUUCCCACAAUCCCGCUGGGCCGGAGGCCGAGUACUUCUCCGGCAUUCCCGAUCUUCCCGACGGAGCCAGCCACCACCAUCAUCACCACCAGCACCAACAUCACAACCAUGCCCACCAGCAGCACCACAGCACUCCAACAUUGCUGCACCAACCGCAACCGCUCCUACAAGCACAUCUGGCACCACCACCAACCUCGCCGCCUUUACUGGCGUCGGGCCUCCGUAGGAAACGCUUGACCGAUGAAUCGACGGAGGAGGCCUGGCAGCAGAACCGCCUCCACCAGCACAGAAAUAACGACGAAAAUGAUGAUGAAGACCACGGCGGCGGCGGCGGCGGCGGCGGCAGCAGCGACAUGACCGGCACCACCACCACCACCUCCGGCUCCAAGGAAACAAAGGCGGACGUUUCACUGGACGCUGACUGUGGCGGUGAUGAUGGCGGCGGCGGCGGCGGCAGUGGCGGCAAUGGCAGUGGAACUGGUGAUGCCGAUGAUUCGACUGGCGCACAAGCGAGCGACGACAGCUUCGGCCUCCCGGUGGUGGUGGCGGAGAUCAAGUGUGAGUUUGAGGAGCCACCCUUCCUCAUCGACCAAAGCGGCCGCAUGCCCGAACUCUCGUCCGCCACCGUCGGCGACGGCGAUGAGCUCGACGCAAACGGUGGCGACGACGACGACGACGACAGCGGCAACGACGGCGGCGGCGCCGAAAUCGCAGACAGCCGGCUGUGCCGUGAUGAGGGUCAGUUUGGCGACGGUGCCGAAGGAUUUGACAAGCGCAAACCGGGCGACGAUGGGGCAGACGCGGUCCAUAAUGGGCAGCACGGGGCCGGCGGAGCGUGCGACGACUCGAUGGGGGGGUACGGUGCCGAGGAGGUGGAUGGGACGAUGGCGAUAGGAGGCGCUGGGGCCGCCAUGGCGAUGGAUGGCGGCGUGGAGGACGGGGGCGGCGGACGCAUGGCCCCCGGGUUUGGAGGAGACUUCACUUGUUACCUGUGCGGAAAGGUGUUCCGUUCCAAGCAGGGCAUGCGGCUGCACCUGGAGGUGCACGCCGGCCUCAAGCGCCACACCUGCCACGUGUGCGGGAGGAGUUUCGGCCGCAAGCAGGUGCUGGCCUACCACCUGACGACUCACACGGGGCUCAAACCGUUUGAGUGUGGAAUAUGUGGCCGGCGCUUCCCUGUGCGUGCCACCCUCAGGCAGCACCUGCUGAGACACCAUCAGCAGCCGGCACAUGGACAUGCACACACAGGCUAACGUGCUCGCACAGGCGAACACAUGCAGACGCGCACGUACACGCACAUGUACACACGUGUGCCGAAAAAUCGGGAGCGGUCGAUGCACACGUACAUGGGAUAACGCAACCGCACACACACACACACACAGGCAAGGAAAAGCAGACACAGGGUAACAUAGACUGCAAUCAUAUGUACAAACGCACGGGCGAAUAUGUACAGUAAUAAUAGGUACAAGCUGUCAGGCACACAACACUAUAAUAAGACACACUUGCUCACACAAUGAACAACAACCGCCAUUCGCCAUUAAGUGGCGGUGAUGUCACCACGGCGCUCGUGCCAGGCUAUGCACAUUGAGGCCACGUGAAGUAUCGAAUGCCCGCUGCCAAGUGGUCACGGGGCAGACCCAGUGACCUCUUGCCAAGAGGUCACAGGGCAGACCCAGAUGCCACGGGUCGACUGACUGAGGUGACUGGCCGAUGCACCACCUGUGCCCCCUACUCUGCCAACUUGCUGUUCUUUAGGUAUGGGAAACUCUCCACUCCCUCCACAACUACCCCAUCACCAAUUGGGAGUUGUGGGGGUGGAGUGUCUGAUGGUACAAAAUACCCAGGCAGGUGCUUAGUGUUGGUGGGGCUGGAUGGUAAGGCCCUGCCUCUUAGUAGCACGCUCCAGGUUCAGCAGCAGCGCCUCCAACUCCUCCUCUGAGUGAGCAACAAUUACCAGAUCAUCGGCAUACGUAACAUGGUUGACCCAAUACGGAGCCAUCCCUUGACCACACCCGGGCAUCGAUCAGCCUCCCAUUGUAUCUGUACCAGAUGGAAAUUCCCCCGGUAUAGCCAUCGAAGGCUUCGUGAACUAUGUGGUCAAAAUAUAUAUUAAAUAAUGUGGGAGCCAGAGACAUCCCUGUCGCCACCCCAAGAUGAACAGCGAAUGGCUCCGACUCCCGGCCACGUAGUUUUACCUGGGCCUGCUCACCAUCAUUAAGAUCCUUAAUGAUUGUGAGCAAAGAGUCAGGGACUCCGAAAGUACGAAGAACAACCCACAGCCCAGGCAUACUGAUGGUAUCAUAGGCCUUGACCAGGUUAAUAAAUCAGACAUGUAGGUCUUGUUGGAAUUCCAAAAACCUCUGCUGUAGCAGACGGACAGAAAAUAUGGCAUAUGUGCAGGACCGCCCUUUCCUGAAACCACAUUGGGGCUCCACAAGCAUCUCCUCAGCGUGCCUGGCAAGGCGUUGUUGAAUAAUCCUUGCUAGGACCUUUCCAAGCACACAGGAGUGAGAUGCCCCUAUAGUUACAGUCUGUGCGUGGUACUUGGACUGAAGUUGGAGGGGUUACCAGCCCCUCGCACUCUUCCAGAGCCCCCCUUUGGCCGCUGUGGUUGCUCCAAACGCCAUGAGGGGAAUGGACAAACGAAAUUUGCCUUUCCCCCAUGGCACUCCUUACCACAGCGUUAUUGUCCGGCACCAACGAGGAAGUAGGGGGUUGUUUUGCCGGACACUUGCUCACACCCACACACUGUCAAACACUUUAUCAUCACACACAAACAGGCGGACCCACACUAGCUAUCGCCCAUAAAUACACACACACUUGCAUAUACAAAUAAUGAUGUCGGGAAUGACAUUACUGCCUACCUCCUCCACUUCUUUAAAUGGUUCAGAUCAUGGGAUUUAGCAUGAUUUUAUUCUAAUAUACGUAUAAUUUGUGAAAAACUCUUUACUUUGUGUGUGUGUGUGUGCGUUUUUUUCGAUGUCGAACCGAGGGAUGAGACAUGAAACGUUGAAGCAACACUUUAACCACCAGUGCAGUGAUUAACUUUGUCUUACCGGUGGUGAUAGCUGAAGGGAAAAGCCCAGAAGGGGGUGAUUAAUGUUAUUUUAUUUAGGCUUAAUUUUAUUUUACUUUGACCUGUUCUUGGGUGGGUCUUACAUUCCCAAGGUGGCUGAUGAAUUUGAAGUGACUUUGGAAAAGUUGCCUCCAAAAAUGUUGUGAUCCCUUAUGUAUGCCCCCUGUCUUUAUCAAACCGCACUGACCAGUAUGGUGAAAACUAACUCUAUAACCCCACCCCCCUCCCCCCACGGCAUCGGAAGGCCCUAAUCGUGCAGUGGAUUGACAAAGGGCUGAACUGCUAUAACUAGCCUGCCCCCUUGUACUGUUGGCCUAAGCUAGAUAAUACAAAUGAUAGGGUCACAUUCUCAUCUCGACAAAAGUUCAUUGCCGAUGUCUCCAUUGGCAACGAAAUGGCACAGAAGAGUGAUGAUAAUAAUUGGCAAACGGGGAUUUUUAUUGACUGUAUAAAAGGUACAAUUAUGAGCAUUGAAUUUGUCCCCCUGUUAGCCUCGCAUAUCACGUGACAUCACCAAGCCACAUGUGUCCUACUCGACCUUACUGCAGCCUUCGAUACAUUUUACCAUCCUACUUGCUUCUCUCUCUCGCGCACCUCAACAUUCUCAUCAAACCACGUCACUUCUUCCCCCGUCCGCCGUCAUUAUCGGUGUCGUCCCCCCAAGGUGGUGUCCUUGUUCCCCUCUUUUAUCUCUCUCCAACUCUCCUCUCGAAUCCCUCAUUUCAUCAUUUAACCUUCCUCAUCAUUUCUUUGCUGAUGACACUCACAUCAUCCUCUCCUCCUGGAACAACAUUCGCAAAGUCUCGCCCCCUCAUCUCAAAUACGGCCGCAAAACUUCUAAUACACUCCAUCUUCACUCGACUUCAUUACUACAACCUCCCUCAUGCUUGGUCUUCCCUCUUACGCAUUAAAACUGCUCCCAACGUAUCCACAAUGCCGGAUCAUUUUCAAUCUCACCUACCACUCGCACACAUCACCUCUCCUCGUCCAGCUGUUAUCGUUCAUUUCUUAAUCCGCUUGUCCUGGUGAGGGUCGCGGCGGCAGCAUGUUGAGUAGGGCGAUUCAGACCUCCCUUUCCCUGGCGACAGACUCUAGCACUACACUGUACACUACUCUACUAUACACUACACUAUACACGACUACACUAUACACUACUACACUAUACACUACUACACUAUACACUACUAUACACGACUACACUAUACACUACUAUACACUACACGACUACACUAUACACUACUCUACACUACUCAACUAUACACUACACUAUACACUACACAAUACUACACUAUACACGACUCUACUAUACACUAAACUAUACACGACUACACUAUACACUACUAUACACUAUACACUACACUAUACUAUACACUACACUACUAUACACUACUAUACUAUACACUACACUACUAUACACUACUAUACACUACACUAUACACUACUAUACACGACUACACUAUACACUACUAUACACUACACUAUACACUACUAUACACAGGCUCUAGCUCUUCCUGGGGAAUUCCCAGGCUUUCCCACGCCAGCUGAGCGACAUGGUCCCGCCACCGUGACCUGGGCCGGCCCCGGGGUCUAUUUCCGUUGCUUUUUCAAAUUCCUCACCCCAGUUGACAAAUCUCUCCAUGGUCCGGCCCCCACCAGAUCUCGUUUCCCUCAUUUCAGUCUCUGCUCCUCCUCGACCUCUGCGUUCACAAUCACAGCUGUCUCUGUUUGUUCCCUCUCCUCCCUGUGCCCAAUAACGAUUCCCACCUUAAUCUUUGGAUUUUUCGGUAAAGUCACGUAGGUAAUUUAUUUUAUAUUUUUUACCCACGUGACUUUACCGAAAAAACCAAAGAGUAUGGAUCCUUGCAGUCACGAAAACUUCAAAUCUAGAAUUCCCACCUUUCUCACUUCUGACCCCCUUACACUGGAACAAACUGCCCCUACACGUCAAACAGUCGGCCUCACUGCCCAUGUUUCGUUCUUCCCUGAAAGCUCACUUAUUUUCCCUCACUUAACCAAAACUCAUCUUCCCCCUCCCUUCCCCAUCAUGAACACCAUCCCAUGUCCCAACUUCCCUACCCAUUCAUCACACUCGCUCAUCAUUAACCACUCGUGGUCACUUUCGUCGUCGUUUGUUUCACGCAGCAUCAUACGCGCGUACUACCAUCCUCAUCUCGUCACACGUCUGCUGUACAAAGUUAAUUAUUUUAUUCAGUGCCUUUUUUUUAAGAAGGUGCUAUAUAAUUGAAAUAAGAUAAUUAACGCUGCCUCGUUUUUUAAACAUCAACUCAAGAGUCCAGCAACAAAAGGACAAUGAGACGGACUGUUGGUUUCAGCCCUGUUAAGAAUCGUCAAAACCGUUUAGCCAUCAUUGCCUACUGCUGCUGUUGCCUUGUGACUCGAGGCCUUUAUGCGGAUAAGACCCCCCCCCCCACAUCACUGUUGACGUUGUUAGGCACUGCCUAAAGGCGACUAAACAUUAUUACUCAUUUGUUUCCAUUCUUGACCAUCGGUCAUAACUAGCAGCAUGUUUUUUCCCAAAGCCAACUUAAGUCUGAAUAAUGCCUUUAAACUGCGUAUGUUCUCUCACACAUGUUCCUCUAGUCUCGGUAUAAUUCCAAGCGUGGAAUCCCACUGCUGAUUUUCACACCUUUUCGGUUUUUGGUAAAUUUUUGUUGCUGUAAUUAAUUACCAUGUUUCUGAAGCGUUUGUUUAUAUAGCAGAUCGUACGGCACUGGUUUAGCGGUUGCUUCGUGCUAGGUGGGUUCACACAUUGCAGUAUCGUGUGAGACUGACUGCUUGGGCAGGCCUUCAUCACAAGCAGUGGGUUGACCAUGGUUGACGAUUUGUUUUAAGCCUGCGGACACUUUCUGCCCGAGUGCGUCAUUUACAGCAAGUAGUUGAAUUAUCUUAAGGCAAAUGACCAAAGAUCAUCGUCAAGACACGAGUCUCUUGCUAAAAUUGUCUCCCUGGACAAACAAAUGUUGGCCAGUGACGCUAAUCCUUUUGAGGGAGACUGAACAAGUGGAGGAAAGUUCUCAUGGUGGGGAAUAUUUUUUUCUUCCAAAUAAAUCUGUAGAUGUGCAGCCCUCUUUUUGUCAGUUCAUUGCUGGAUGAGAGCCUUUCCACACCGUGCGAGUCGUGAGAGUUUUGGUACCAUACUACACGCUGAUCGGUGCGCAGUGAAUGCCAGGAGCAAAGAAGCACAGUCAAAUGUUGCAAUUUGCUGCAUUGGCCCCUGAAACCCACACGGUAGCUCUGCUUCGGCCUUAAGGCACCUUUUAUGAUUGAUGGUUGCCCAUCCAAUCACUAGGCUCAUACCUGCUUGGCUUUUGAAAUCUGACUAUUGGCGUAUUAUGGGUGAUUUUGUCAUUUAAAAACAACUGAAUGUCCAACAAUUUAAUAUUAUAAACAGCAACUGGAUGGCGAUAAUGGUUGUAAUGAGUAGGGUUUGACAAACUGCAACCAGGAUUCUAUCUUGGGUUCUUUGGGUUGCGGGCUGAGUACAAUAAAGUUGAUCAGUGAGCACACGCCGAGCCAUAAGUUACCCAAUUCGGUUGCUUAAAACUGAAUCGCUUGUGUGGAAGUGUUUGCAACCAGUUGUGAGCAGUUGCACAACUGGUUGCAUGCAGUCGGGAAGACUGUACUGUCAAGUGAUUCGCGCAACAAUUUGUAGUGAUCUCUUCCAUCACGUGCACGCUUGUGAAUAAUGUUGGUUCCGAUCUUGGUGUGUGUGAAUCUGAUCAUAAAAUAGGUGAGGAGGGGGGGGGGUCUUUUGCUGUCAAGGGCGUAGCUUGACACUUUACCCACGCCCAGACUCGUACGUAUUGUACAACUCCCUGCGCACUCCGAUGUAGCGGACAAAGCAGUGGAGGCAAUUCGAGUUGCACGAUUCCAAGUGAGAUGUUGUUGCACCAGAGGUCGCUAACGGGUUUUGAUUCCUUACCCGUACCCGUACCCGGCCGCACCAGGGUCGCAAACGGCUACCCGUACCCGGCCGGGUACGGGUAGCCGGGUAUCGGGUAGGGUACAGGUAUCGGGUACCCGGUUUGCGACCUCUGUGUUGCACCACUGACCGCUCGUGUGUGGAUCCAGCUUAACGAGUGCACCACUAGACUACGUUUUGGAUAUCGCAAAGAAAGUAUUUGUUGUGAAAGCCACUUUUUCAUGAGGCCACCUGGGAAUGUUAAUGUGACUUAUAUUGAAGGUUUUUGUUUGUUAUUAUUGCUAUUAUAUUUGUAACGGACCCAUAUGGAUUCGUGAUUUAUAACUUAAGAAUUUUUUGUUUAAGCAAUUUCAAAUGUUUAACUUAACAUGCACACACCGCAGUAGCAAAAAGUGUUACGGGAAAUUUUUAUAUGGCGAGUUGCAUAUUUAGAUUCUAACUCGAUGGAGAGAAGUGUAAUUAUUACAACUUGAAAAUAAAAAAAAAUACCGAUCUGUAAUUAAAUGGGAGAUUUAGGAAUGAACUGUAUUUGAUUAACUAUUAAAAGAGCGAGUUCACUGUUGA